AUGCGCAGCUUGGUCGCAUCUAGCGGCGUCAAUGAGUACCCAUGGGAGAUUUUCAGCCUCAAGGAGAUCCUCCACGCCACAAACAACUUCCAUGAUGACUACAUGCUAGGCGAGGGCGGCUUCGGGACGGUAUAUUGGGGCCGUACCGCCGCAGGUUCUGAGAUAGCCGUAAAACGGCUUAAGACGAUGACAGCCAUGGCGGAGAUGGAGUUCGUGGUGGAGGUGGAGGUGUUGGGAAGGGUGAGGCACAAGAAUCUUUUGGGGCUGAGGGGCUACUUCGCCGGCGGCGACGAACGGCUCAUUAUCUAUGAUUAUAUGCCCAACCGCAGCCUUCUAAGCCAUCUGCAUGGUCACAAUGCCGGCGAGGUGCUGCUCAACUGGCAGAUGCGCAUGCGAAUCGCCCUUGGCUCAGCUGAGGGUAUUGCGUACCUGCAUCACGAGGCAAAUCCCCAUAUAAUUCACAGAGAUAUAAAAGCCAGCAAUGUCCUCCUCGACUCCAAAUUCCGCCCGAAGGUUGCGGACUUUGGUUUCGCCAAACUUAUGCCCGACGACGUCAGCCACCUUACCACAAGAGUGAAAGGAACACUAGGUUAUCUCGCACCCGAAUACGCCAUGUGGGGCAAAGUAUCCGAGGGCUGCGAUGUCUACAGCUUUGGCAUUCUUCUUUUAGAGAUUGUCAGCGGCCGGAAGCCCAUCGAGAAGCUCCCCACCGGUAAGAAGCGCGAUAUUUUGCAGUGGGCAAGGCCGCUCAUGGAGCAGAGCAAGUGGGACCAACUCGCGGACCAGAGGAUGGCAGGGCGGGUCGAUCUGACCCAGCUGCGGAGUGUGCUUGUUUUGGCGCUCAAGUGCACGGAUGGGAAUCCCGAUGACAGGCCGACGAUGAUUGAGGUAGUGGAGGUGUUGCGAAGGGGGAUUGGGCUUGGGCUUGUCGUGAGGGUUAAGGAAGAGGGAUCGGAGGUUAAGGUGGGGGAUACCAUGAUUGAAGAGGAAGAGGAGGAUGGAGUGAUGGCUGAUACUUCGAGUUACAGUGUCGGCAGGAAUUUGGCUGUGGAUAUGCGAUGAAAGAGGAGUUGGUUUGCUCUAAUGCUGGAUUGUCCUGUCGUUAUUAUUCUUUUCUUUUGAAAAAUGUCAAAAUGUGGAAUUCGGCAUCCAUCCGCCAAAAUCUGGGAAUGGGAGGUGAGCUCCAUAACCAAAAUGUAAAUCUCCCUCUCACGCGAGAUUCUGCGGAUGCCUGCCGAAUUCAGGAUCUGCAGCAUAUUUUGUUUUAUUUUUUGUUUAGUUUGAUGAAGGGCAACUUAUGCAAUAUGGGACAGAUAUCAUUGAGGGAUUUCUUAUGAAAAUUCUUAUAUGGAAAUUGGAAAUGCUAAUCAUCGUUCAUUC